AUGGAACUGAUUGAUAUUCUUGAUUCUGAACAAUUUUACCCAGCUGUAUGUAUGGCUAUACAAAUUGUAAUUAGUUUACCUGUAACUUCAUGUUCAGUAGAAAGAUCUUUCAGCACAUUACGUCGUUUAAAGACAUGGCUGCGAAACAGAAUGGGAAAUGAAAGGUUAAGUAGUUUAGGUCUGAUUAAUAUUCAUCGAUAA